AUGGCCGCGCUCUCGCUCUUCCUCGACGUGCCGCUCGGCAGGGAGGCCCACGAGCUCCGCGACGCCUACUUGGCGGACGAGUGCCCAGACAAAGUGUUCCUGGACGACCAGGCCUGCCUCGCCGAGAGCGGCCGAGCCUGGAGCAGCCCCGCGGUGCUGCGGGCCUUGCGGCAGCUCGCCGGGGACCCGACGCUGGACCACGAGGAGCCGCCGGGCGAAGGGGUGGCCGCCUUCACCGGCGCCGCGGCGGAGCUGGUGCUGGGCCGGCGGAGCGGGGCGCUGCUGCAGAACCGGGCCGCCGGCGUGCAGACCGUCGGCGGGACGGGCGCGCUCUGGCUGGGAGCGAGGUUCCUCCGGCGCUGGUACCCCGCGGGGCAGCUGGCCCCGGCCCGCGUCUACCUGGCCUGGCCGCGCUGGGACCACUACCGGCGCGUCUUCGCGGACGCCGGCUUCACGGACCUCCGGCCGUACAGCUGGUGGGACGAUGCCGCCCGGGCGGCCUCGCCGCGGGGGCUGCUGCGGCUGCUGCGGGACGCGCCGGAGCGCUGCAUCGUCCUCCUGCACGCGCCCGAGGAGAGCGGCCUGGCGCCCGAGCAGUGGGAAGAGGUGGCCGCCGCCAUGGAGAGGAAGCGCGCCUUCCCCUUCUUCGACGUCUCAGCGCAGGGCCUGGCCUCCGGAGACCUGGACCGCGACGCCUGGGCGCUGCGGCUCUUCGUGGCCAGAGGGUUCGAGCUCUUCUGCGCCCAGUCCUUCUCGAAGAUCUUCGGCCUGUACGACCAUCGCGUGGGCAACCUCAUCGCCGUGACCGCCGACGCCGAGGCGCUGCUCGGCGUCCGCUCCCAGCUGCGGCGGCUGGCGGCCGCGGCGUGGGCCGGCCCGCCCGGGCUCGGCGCCCGCGCCGUCGCCGCCGUGCUCAGCGGCCCGGCCCUGCGGAGCGCCUGGGAGCGGAGCCUGCGGCUGCUGGCGCGGCGCAUCGUGCGGGUGCGGCGGGAGCUGAAGCGGUGGCUGCGGGUGCUGGGGACGCCGGGCUCCUGGGAGCACAUCACCGCCCAGGCCGGGACGCGCAGCUUCUCCGGGCUGCUCCCCGCCCAGGUGGCCUUCCUGGCCGAGCACGAGCACGUCUACCUGGGCGCCGGCGGCCAGCUCAGCCUCUGCAGCCUCAACGCCCGCAACCUGGAGCGCGUGGCCCGGAGCAUCCGGGCGGCCGUGCUGGCGCCGGGGCUGGACGCCCCCGCCGCCGGCCCCCCGGCGCCCCUCCAAUAA